AUAUACUUAUCCACGAUAUCCAACGCAGCAUGGUUUGCCAGGUUGUACCCACGAAACAGAUGAUAGUCGUGGGACCAAGACUGGUUCGGUUCAUGUAACCCGAUAUAAUGGCUAUCUGGGGUUUGACCCCACAACCAGACCUUCGGACGGCAGAUAGGAGGAUUGUAGUAUAUAGGCGAUAAAUACACCAACACCCAGUCGUAAUUCAUUGCCGACUGUCCUUGUUUUCUUGAUAUACAGAAACUUCAUCAAUCUUGCCGCGGAUCAAGCAAAGAUGGCCAGCAGCGAACUCUACCCUAAAGGGCGGCAAAGCAGCAGCAAUAGCGACCAUGUCAAAGGCGUUUUAGAGAAGGGUCCCAUCGACGGAGCAGAUGUCGGAGUCACUGCUCUGAGAGGGGUCGUCACGGAUAUUGACCCUGAUGGGCUGGUGGCGCGACGAGUGCUGCGAAAAAUCGACUUGCAUCUAAUGCCGUUGUUGAUGGUCACCUACAUGAUCCAAUUCCUUGAUAAGUCUUGUGUCUCGUACGCCGCACUUUGGGGCAUGAAAGACGAUGCACACCUUAUCGGAGCCGAGUAUUCUUGGUUAACGACCAUCUUCUACAUUGGCUACCUAGUCUUCGAGUUUCCAGUUGGUUAUCUUUUCCAGAAAUUCAACAUCGCUCGGACUUGCGGUAUCUUCAUCACUCUCUGGGGCCUCGUUCUUUUAUGCAUGGCUGCGGCAAAUGAUUUCGCUGGUCUUGCAGCAGCCCGGUUCUUUCUGGGAGCGUUGGAGGCCGGCGUUUCUCCUUGCUUCGUACUCAUGACUACCAUGUUCUACAAGAGGAGCGAACAACCUUUUAGGACCGGUAUCUGGUUUUCCAUGAACGGUUUUGCUCAGAUUUUUGGUGGUCUGAUCGCCUACGGGAUCGGCUACAUCGAUGCCGCAGUUCCUGCCUGGAAGUUUCCGUUCAUCAUUUUUGGUGCUGCCACAAUCAUAUGGGGCGUUGUAUUCACGAUUUUUGCACCUUCCAACCCAACCCAAGCACGUUGGCUCACUGCAGAGGAAAAGGAGAUAGCAGUCCUUCGACUCGUUCAGAAUGAGACAGGUAUCGACAAUAAGACAUUUAAAUGGUACCAGGUCAAGGAAGCAUUGCUUGAUUCAAGACUUUGGUUGAUGAAUCUAUUCGUGCUGCUGAAUUGCAUUCCGAAUGGGGCUGUUACAGCAUUUGGACCCCUUAUCAUCAACGGAUUUGGAUAUACUAAGUUCCAGACUACACUACUUGGUAUGCCGAGUGGAGCAGCACAGGUAUUGGCUCUGUGGAUAUCAGGUUAUGUUGCAGCGAAAGCAACAGGCUGUAGACACUUCCUGAUGAUAGGUGGGGUUUUGGUCGCUAUACUUGGCUCUUCACUCAUCUACGCACUUCCUGAAGAGCAAGGCCUCGGGCGCCUUUUUGGCUACUACCUGAUCGUCGGCUUCAGUGUUGCUUUCGUCCAGGGCUUGAGCCUAGUGCAAGCUAACGUAGCAGGGCGGAGUAAAAAGAAUGUAUUCACUUCAGCUGUGUUCGUCAGUUACUGUAUCGGUAACGUUAUCGGACCCCAAGUCUUUCUUGAAAGAGAGGAGCCGCGAUACCACACUGGGUUUAUCAUCAUUAUUGCCUGUUUCGCGCUCCAGGUCCUGCUGCUCAUCGGUAUGUACCUACAAAAUCUAUUCGAGAACCGAAAGCGUGAUCAAAUCGCGACUGGAGAGGAUGCUUCCGAUACUGAACAGAUUCUCUCAGAUUUAACGGAUAAAGAAAAUCUUCAUUUCCGAUAUGUUCUUUGAAAGCGGAGAGCACUCCUUUGAGAAUGGAGGUUCUGCAGGAACUGAUGAGUUGUGCCUGAUGUGUACGAGACAGUUCUCUAGUCCAGCGUAUAAACAUUCAUUUCAGGAAAUGCGUCAUCCCAGUUCUACAUGUCAUCAGUUCGCCAUUUCAAAAUGCGAAGGGAAAGCAAAUACGAACCGCCUCAUCCCAGAAACUGGGU